AUGGGUAACUGCAUUGCCCAUCUUCUUUUGGAACGUCCUAGGCUCGGUCUUGACAAGCUGCGCUUGAAACUUUCGGACCCGACCGAAGCUGAGAAAGAUUCUUGCCAUCUCAGCUCAGCACCCUUUUUCAUGGCCGAAUCAACAGCCGAGACAUGUAGUCAAUCAACGCCGACAACAAUGAAGAUACCUGCGGCUUUGGCGCGGUCCCUGCUCGCCACCGUCUCCUGGCCGUUUAGUCGCGACGAUGUCCAUGCCCGCGACAGGUGCGACAACGUGCGCACAAAAUGCAAAAUCGAGAUUGAGCGUUUUCUCAAUUUAUGUUUGGACACGACCCAGCAGCGGCAUUGGACACCCGACGAGUCCGAUAAGUUUUGCAAGAACUGGAACGCCUCGGAUUGGGCGUGGCAACAGAAUACAGGGUUACUUAAACAUUGGGGUGACAAUCCGGGGUGGGCGUGGCAAACCCCAGGGCCGUGGAUGGAUCCUGAAAAGUUUUUAUUUUAUCCACGCAAAUGCGUUUCCCGAAAUACCUCUUCGUCUAGCUCAUCGUCGUCAACGCCAGACGCCCCCCGGCCGCCUGGGUGGCAUUACCCAGACAGCGUCCCUCGCCUGCGCCCAGGCCCUGCGACAGUGUUCGGGAUAAGGGAGGUCUUGCUCGUCACAGAAGACUUCCCCACCAAAAUACAAGAACCGGAUGGCUCGACUCUUAUUAUGCAUGACGGAAUCAUGGAUCUAGCUCUCUGUGUUUCCAGACUUAAUUGCUAG